CUGCGGGCGGAAAGAGGGAGGGGGCCGGUCCUCCGCCCUGGCCGGGCCGCAGGGCCACCCGGCCGCAACACAGACGCCAGCCACGGGGCAGGAGCUGGGAGCUGGAGCCAAGCACGGAGGGCUUGGGAGCCAGGCCUGGUUCCCACCAUGAGUGCAGAGCUCAAUGUGCCCAUGGACCCCUCCAACCCUGCCUGCCCUGAGCCCGGCCACAAGGGCAUGGAUUACCGAGACUGGGUCCGACGCAGCUACCUGGAACUGGUCACCUCCAACCACCAUUCGGUGCAGGCGCUGUCCUGGAGAAAGCUGUACCUGAGCAGGGCCAAGCUGAAAGCCUCCAGCCGGACCUCCGCCCUCCUCUCCGGCUUCGCCAUGGUAGCCAUGGUGGAGGUGCAGCUGGAGACGCAGUACCAGUACCCACAGCCCCUGCUCAUCGCCUUCAGCGCCUGCACCACGGUGCUGGUGGCUGUGCACCUGUUCGCUCUGCUCAUCAGCACGUGCAUCCUGCCCAACGUGGAAGCCGUGAGCAACAUCCACAACCUCAACUCCAUCAGUGAGUCCCCACACGAGCGCAUGCACCCUUACAUUGAGCUUGCUUGGGGCUUCUCAACAGUCCUGGGCAUCCUGCUCUUCCUGGCAGAGGUGGUACUGCUCUGCUGGAUCAAGUUCCUCCCAGUGGAUGCCUGGGCCCAGCCGGGCUCCGGUAGGUACACAGGCUGGCAGGCCGCGCUGGUGUCCACCAUCAUCAUGGUACCUGUGGGCCUCAUCUUCGUGGUCUUCACUAUUCACUUCUACCGUUCCCUGGUGCGGCAUAAGACCGAACGCCACAACCGUGAGAUCGAGGAGUUGCACAAGCUCAAAGUGCAGCUGGAUGGGCAUGAGAGAAGCCUACAGGUGGUGUGAGCGAGGCCUGCACGGUGGUUGGCACAGCCUGCAGGAGAGUGACCCUCAGGCGGUGUGAGCCACCACGCUGCUGGUGGGAGUAGCCAAGGGGCUGCCAGACCAACCCUGGCUUCAUGAGAACCACUCCGGCGUCCCAAGAGCCACAGUGGGGAUUGCUAAGCAGACAUCACAGAAGCUGCCCGCCCGAUGCUUCCAUACUCCUCAGAGGAAAAGAGUCUAAAGGAGUGCGUAUACCAACCAUUAUAUCACAGAGGCCAGAGGAAGAACCAUGAUCACAAGGCCCUGGGGACUUCCUGGAUCAGGGACAAGCUGGAAACACCUUGUCCUGGGAAGGGGUCCCAGCACAGUCAUGGUCGAUCUCAGACAUCUGGACCUUGUGAUUGGCAGGGCAGGACUGAAUUCCCAAGGCUGGCUGGAGGGCUGGGGCUCCAUUAGUCGCUUGCCUAGUGUGUGGGAAGCCCUGGGCUUUAUCCCAGCACUACAUAAACCAGGUGUGAUCAACCCAGUUCUAGGGAGGCGGAGGAAGGAGGAUCAGGAGUUCGAAGUCAUCCUCCGCUACAUGGUGAGUUUGAGGCUACGUGAGACACUGUCGAACACACGCGCAUGCAUGCCCGUGAAAACACACACACACACACACACACACACACACACACACACACACACACAAGAAUAGGCUUCCAGAUAGGGCAGCGAUGGACCCAGGGCUGGCACAAGGGUACCAUGGCUCGUAACGACAGACAGGGAUGUGGUGACUGAUGUACAGUUCAGCUUGACACUCUCCUCCAACUCUGGAGAGUAUCAUGGGAUGUUCAGGAUCCUGGGGCACAGAGCGGCUCAACAAACGUAACAUACUGUUAUUGGAAUCAGUGUUGCCUGGUCCUAGAGAGAUGACCCAGUGUGGGAGGCCUGGCAGGGUUGAGGAGAAAUGUCCUAGAGCCCACCACCACCACCAGCUCACUGAGGUCAGAGACUGUCACACACACACACACACACACACACACACACACACACACACACACACACACACACACACCAUGCAUCAGGCUCUCCCAUUCAGAGGUGUCCACCUCUUAGCCACAAAAUUGGCCCGAGCCAGCCACCCCUGUGGACUGUGUCAACACAAUCUGGAGCACCAUCUCAGAGACUGGCCAGCUCAGCUCCCUGCUGCCUGUGGCCCCUAGAUGUUGUCAGAGGACAACCUGAAGGGACUUCCUAUUUUAGCAUAGCAGUGAGCCCGGCCUGGCCUGUGGACAUAGGCAGAUAUUCCUUAUGCUAAGCCCCAUCCACUGCAGAGAAGAGGGGACCGCCCCACCCUGCCGCUGGUCCUGCCGGGACACUCAGUGCAGGUCCCUGCCGCCCCCGUGUUUGCACAGCUGUGCAUGGGUUUGGCGUUGUCACCACGGGCGUCUGGCCGUCCAGCUGGUGGUGUCAUCCAUACCCUGCAGUACAGCAGCAGCUUGCGUGGGAACUGCCGGGACACCGUGUUUACCCAUUUCUGCAGCGUUACCCAGAGAAGGCGUCCGUGUCUUCCUCUGGAUGUAAAUGGCCACUGGGCUCCUGCAAGUACCACUUCCGUUUCCUACAACGGCUCGUCUCUGGAGUCUCCAUUUGGUGCUGUGGGAUCCGGGAGGGCCCGUCUGCGGUUUCUGGAAAUGGGUCACACUGUUGAGCGUAAACUUCAACACACGGGGCCCUGGGGAGCCUUGUGGAGAAUCUUCCUUGUGAACUGUGACAUCUUUGGGGAAGUAGGACAUGGUGUCCUGUGAACCAAGAAAGUGCCCUCUGUCUUUCAAAGGUGUGUCCUUCAACACCCUUCCUCAAGACAGCUGUCUUGAGGCCCCUUGAGGUCUCAGACCUCUGUGCUCUCCUGGGGUCUUUGGAAAGACCAGCUUAGUUUGAUUUGUUUGUUUUGCUGAAGAACGCUAGAAUCAUGGGUGGGCAAGAUGGCACAGUGGGUAAAGGGGCUUGCCGCCAAGCCUGGAGACGUGAGUUCAGUCCCCAUCCUCUGACCUACACACAGAAAAGUAUAGUAAGAAACAUAAUUGAAUAUUAGAAUCACUAUAAGAUGGGACAUGUGUCCCAGCACGGAAAAGACAAGAUGGUCUUUUGGAAUGAGCAUCUCCCACUGCUGGGCACCAUUGGAAACACCGUGUUGAAGGCCGAGGAUGUAGCUCAGUUUGUAGUUGUGUUUGCCUGGCAUACGUGAAGCCCCGGUUUGAUCUCAAGCCACAUAAACCAAACAUGGCAGGGUACAUCUGUAAUCCCAGCAUUCAGGAGGUUAAGGCUGGAGGGUCAGGAGUUCAAGGCCAGCCUAGACUGGUCAGACUCCAUAUCAAAAAGUUGGGAGCGGGGAGAAAGGGGAGCCUGCAGAUGGCUCAGUGGUUAGGAACACCUACUGCUCUUGCAGAGGACCAGAGUUCAGUUCCCAGCAUGCACAUAGGGCAGCUCACAACUGCCUGUAACUCAAAUUCCAGAGGAUCCAGUGCAGAUCCCUCUUCUGGCCUCUGCAGGCACCCAUAUGUGUACACAUACACACAUACAAAAUAAAAAGAGGGGGUUCCUGUUGGACAUUGGGUCCGUUCUUUCCGCCCAUUUUCUGAGACCAUUUAGUGCCUCAGCUCUUGGAAUGCCCGGCACUUAACACUCUGUGUAAGUCCUGUAAUUCCUCAGGCUCUCCCCGCGUUUAGUCUUCCCAGUGCCAAAGCAUGGGACAGCCAUCGGUGUGUAAACAGGUGACGGCAUGGGACGGCCAUUGGUGUGUGAACAGAGGUGACUGCCCAUGGGGUCCCCGGCGGGCAGGAGUCGCAGGGCCGUCCCGGAGCUUUGUUAGGAGUUGGAGGACAAACCCUCACUGUGCACAGGGACAGAAGCCAGUGGGCAGGCUGAGGGCUGCAGGUUGGCUUUCUGGAGGCAUAACCUGAUUUCAAAUCUCGUUCUAACCAGUCACGUGGCUAGAACCACAGUGGGCCCCCUGGGGCCUGCACAGGCUUGCCCUAAUUUCAUCUAUCCAAGAUGCAGUCCUUCCUGGUGCUCAAGGGACCAGAGUCCUCAGACACACCAUGACCCUUCCCAACACAGCAUACGGUCUCCCUGUACCCUUGACCGCAAAGUCUCCAAGUUCAAGCGUUUCUAGUUAAGAAACUUCAAAGGCAGGACGUGAUUAGUGUCUUCCAGGAAGGUCUACUGAGAACAAACUACAGGAGCCCGGAGGGCUCAAGACUCACUCUGUGUCACUCUAUCUGCAGGGCAUUGUAGCUAACGCCUGUCCUGUGUGGGGAUUUUUUAGCAGUUGCUCUGGACUGAACUGAAUAAAUGGAUAAAGCUUUUCAAAACCCUGUGCUUUUGAGAAGUAUGUUCAGGGGGUCCAUCCCAGUGCCUUGCUACACCGCUGACCCUCAGUCCUGGCAUGAGAGCUCUUUACCUGGGGUCUAUGCAUCACUUUUUUUUUUUCUCUCCCCAAGACAGUGUUUCACUGUGUAGCUUUGGAGACUUUCAUGGAAAUCGCUCUGUAGACCAGGCUGGUUUUGAACUCACAGAGAUCCACCUGCCUCUGCCUCCUGAGUGCUGGGAUGAUUAAAGAUGUGCGCCACCACC